GGAGUAUCAAACCAAGAUCCGGAAAUACCAGAUAUCGCUACUGCAGAUCUCCCGGAUCAAACAGUUGGCAGUCCUUUCCGUUCCCCUGCUAAAGUCGAACUGAAUCGACCCAAUGAUACUCCAAACAUUGUUUCUCAUGCCAAUAUGCGCAAGUUGGACGAUGAACAAAAUAUCGCAGCUGCCUUGGAAGAAGAUAAUCAAGAUCGUCCUAAAACCGCUCAGGAAAGGGAACAAGCUCGUAGACGUAAAUCUGGUCAUCGAGAUAACGGUCUCAACGUACCUGUCCGUCGUAAAGCUCCUCGAAGACCUCGUUCAAGAGGCUCAUUACCAUCUUUACGUGGACUAUCAAACGAUGGUCAUGCUCUAAGCGCUGCUGGUUCAAUAGGAGGUCGUCUUUCGAUGGACGUCUUACUAGAAUCUGGAACCAACACUUCAACCUCUAUCUCUCUACCCGAUCUCACUUAUGACAUUUCUGCCGAACGAGCUCGUGUUAGAGCUUUCUACGAAACUCAUGGUUAUCUCCCUGCCCCUCGUCAACCACCAGAUGCCAUGCGUAGACGUCUGCGUAUCAUUCGUCGUCUAGGUCUCGACAAGCCCAACCCUGCCGUACAUGCCGCUUUGGAUCGUUUCUCCAGACUCGCCGUCAACAUGUUCAAAACCCGCAUCGCCGUAGUGUCCAUCAUUGCAAAAGACCGACAGAUCUUCCUGUCCCAAGUAGGAUUAGCUGGUAAAACGCCAGAGUUGGAUGUGAGCUUUUGUUGUCAUACCAUCAUGGGGACGGGAGACGAGUGUAUGGUUGUACCCAACGCUGCGGAUGAUUGGAGGUUUGCCAAGAACCCAUUGGUUGAUGAGGGAAAAGGUUUGAUCCAGUUUUACGCAGGUGCACCUUUGAGGAUCGGAACGGGUCCUAAGGCCUCUGUGAUUGGUAGUCUGUGUGUCAUUGAUGACAAGCCUAAGACGGAGGACCAAUUUGGUGAGGCCGAGAGAUUAUUAUUGAAGGAUCUGGCGGAAUGUGUCAUCAGCGAGCUCGAGCUUUUGUUCAGUCAACAAGCUUCUGUCGAAUCUGCCAAACUUCAUCAAAUAUCUGUCGAUUUCCUCCGACGAUCUUUACAAAGUCGUCCAAACGAAAGAGCCGGUCAUUCUGCAAAUUCCAAAACCACCACCACUACAAGUUCAUCCGAUAGUGGUAAACGUCAUGAAGGUGCUGAUAGUCGACAAUCCAAUGAACAACUAGAUAUAUAUGACGAAGCGUGUAGAGAAAUCCGUCAUGCUCUCGACGCUUAUGCUGUAGCAUGUGUGGAUUUAACACAAUUUCAUUUAUUCUUUCCAGCUUAUCAAACCACUUCCACAGGAGGUUCUUCAACCCGACACACUCAAAAUUCUUUCCCGACUGGAUCAGGUGGUAGCAGUUUUAUCGGAGGUAUUGGAACUGAUAGUGUUGGUACAGCAGGUUGGGGUAUGGGUUUAGAAGAAGAAGGUUAUACGAAACCGUUUGAACAAAAAAGAGCAAGACAAACUUAUGCUGUAACGGAUCCGAUGGCACCUGCAGUACUAGGAUACAGUUGCGAUCAUGAUGGUUUCGCAUUCAAUUUUGGUACUUCUCCAGUAGCUCGUAAGAUUAUCGCAGAGUUUAUCGCUAGUAAUGUCAAGACACGCAAAGUGUGGUACAUGCGAGACGACAGCGAAGGUAUCGCGCAAUCCAUCAAUCAUCUUAUGCCUCCCGGUACUGAAACCUCUCUGGCCAUGCCCGUUUUUGGGUUUGAUGGACAAGUUGCUUUUGCCAUCGUGGCUUGUUGGACGGAUCCGUUGUAUUCGUACCCCAGUGGAGCUUUACAAUUCGUGGAGACUAUCGCGGGGAGCUUAUUGGCGUCAGUCAUGAAAGAAAAGCUACAUCACGUCGAACGAGCUCAACUCACAUUCGCCGCCGCCGCUUCACACGAACUCCGUACUCCUUUACAUCAAAUAAACAAUGCUGCUCAUCUACUCCGAUUUGCUUUACAUCCAUCAGCUCCCUCUUCUCCUUCCCUUGCCCCACUCGUCAGUCCCACUUCUCAUUCGACUUUCAAUCAAGGAUCUCAAACUUCCUACGCUCCGUCUCAACCACUACUCAUGUCGAUCGAAGAUCGAAUAGAAGCUCUCGCUCAAUUGGAGAUCAUCGAAGCCAACGGUUUAGCGUUGAGUAGUAUAUUGGAAAACAUCACCGAUACUCUCGACGUCAGUCAUUCCGCAACUCACUCUUCCAGUCAGAAUUCUGGAGGGAUCAACGAUCCGAGUAAAGCUACGGAUUUGAGUGAUGUUAUAGAGCAAAUCACACAGGAAGCAGCGGAAUUUGAAAGUAAAUCACGUAGAGUGACAGGAGCAAAAGGUUUAGAAGAUGUUGAGAUUAUCAUAGAGGUAUUACCUAGGAACAGGGGAAGAUGGUUGUUGACUGCUGAUGCGGGGUUGUUGACCAGGGCUUUGACCAAGAUCAUCCACAACGCUUGCAAGUUUACCGACAAAGGUCAUAUCCACAUCACCGUCCAAGAUAUCUCUCACGAUGUCGUCCUUCCAGCAGGUUACGACAAUUCCAUCCAAAUGUCCGUCGUAUCCAUCGAUGUCAAAGAUACUGGUCGAGGCAUGUCUGCAGAGUUUCUCGAAAACGAAGUCCUCCGUCCGUUCUCCAAAGCCGAUCCUUUCAUGCCUGGUUCCGGUCUCGGUCUCGGCUUGGCUCAUCGGAUGAUUGAGAUCCUCGGUGGAACGUUGGCAAUCAACUCGACAUUGAAGAAAGGUACCUUGGUUCACGUGGAGGCACCGCUCAAGCUCAUCAAUGAUGACAUUGACAGUGGUCAAGAAGAAUUCAGUGGAGAUGAAGGUGACGUGGACGAUGCUCGUUCUCCUUCCCCCGUCCGACAAGAUGGCAUUUAUCUGGCCGGGUUUAGCGAAGCGAAAGAUUCCGGUACUCGUCGAGUGGGCAAAAGUUUAUUCAGACAACUCAAGCUUCGUCUUUGUCGCGUGGUCACCGAACUAAAUUACGCCUCCGUUUUGAUCGUACCCGAGGGACAUUUCACCGCCGAACAAUUGGGCAACAUGUUGAUUUGUUCACGUCCAAAAGCUCAGUUGUUUCUUCUGGGUAAACCUACCGAUACUCCCCAGCCAUUGACAUUGGGUGAGUCACCAAACGAAGCGGUAACCCCCGGUUUGGAACAUCUUCAAUCUGCUGUGAUCACUCGACUUACUCGACCAUUACGACCUAGUAUCAUCAAUCAUAUCACUCGACCACCACCACCUGACCAAGUGCCUCAGUUGAAAGAGACUUAUAUCUCCCCAGUAACAGGUGAUGAAGAAUCUAUUUCAGAUAUCGAAGAUCAUUCACAUCCAUCAUUACGUCCUAUAAUGUUACGUGAAAGAGCUACUGAUCCAUUACCUACUUCUGAUUCACCUACGAUAUCACCAUCUCAAUCUAAAAUUCAACUUUCCAAAACUUCACCUUCACCAUCUCCAAACCCACCUUUGAUAGAUCGAAAACCUUCAGAUCGAUCAAACACUUCAAAACAAUCCGAUCCUUCUAAUCAAUCCAAUCCUUCCGAAUCUUCAGGGUUGUCAAUCAAGGGACUCAGUGUGGUAGGUAACACCAAUAGCGCAUCAAGUGGUACAGAUGAUAUAGAAUUUGGUUUCCCUUAUUCCAUCGAUAAACCGGACUUACAACAACGUCAUACAACUCCAGCAACGAUGAAUAUAGUUGAAGAAGAAGAAACGUUGAGAGUGAUGGUAGUUGAAGAUAAUCCUGUUAAUAGGAGAAUAUUAACUACAAUGUUAAAAAGGACACCUUGUAGAUUUGCGGAAGCUGUUGAUGGUGUUGAUGCCGUUCAACAAUUUUCAACUUUUAGACCUCAUUUGGUUUUGAUGGAUAUUAACAUGCCUAGGAAAGAUGGGUUUCAAGCUGCUAGUGAAAUGAGAGGGAUCGAAAGGAAUAACGGUUGGAAAAGAUGUAAGAUUGUGGCUGUUACGGCUAUGACCAGUGAGGGACAUAGGAGAAAGGGGAUAUUGGAAUGCGGGUGA